AUGGUAAGUGAUAAUGGCUCGGCCUUUACAAGUCAAGAAUUUGGAAACUUCAUUAAGAGCAAGGGAAUUAUGCAUAUUACAACUGCACCCUACCACUCGUCCUCUAAUGGGCUGGCUGAGAGGGCGGUCCAAACGUUCAAGGCAGCCAUGAAGCGAAUGAAAAACGAACAGGGAACACUAGAAACAAAGCUGGAUGAAUUUCUUUUUCGGUACAGAAUCACACCACACGCGACAACAGGGGAGGCGCCAGCUGUGAUUCUGAUGAGACGGAGACCAAGAAGCUGCCUGGACUUACUACAUCCGGACCUGGCAAGAAAGACAAGGGAAGCACAAGAGCAACAAAGGAAAGAUCAUGACAAAUCUUGCGGUUACCGGAAUCUGGAGAUGGGGCAAACAGUGUUUGUGCGUAACUUUGGCAGGGGCCAGAAUUGGUUAGCAGGCGUGGUUGAGAGUCAGACGGGACCCUUAUCUUUCAGAGUGAGGUUAGAGGACGAACGGUUAGUCAAGCAACACAUGGAUCAUGUUCGACAGAGAAUGACUGAGACUAAAAGUCCAGAGGGACAAGCAAUGAUGGAGGACAGUCCCAACAUUAGGGUAGACCAACAGCAAGGAGAAGAGAGCACAAGAUUGUCAACAGCAACGAAUGCUCCGGAUGUCACCGAACAUCAGCAAACAGAACAAGCAGAGACCGAGGCUGAUCAGCAAUUGGAAAUGAGAGCUGUCCUCUGGCGUUCCGCCUGUCCUCUGGCGUUCCACACGGAUUUCGAGACCUCCAGAAAGACUGGAUCUGUAGGGUAG